AUGUCCGCACCACGGCCAAAUUUCAUCGACCUGCGGUCACAAUCGCAGGCGUCGCUCUCGCGGCCGCUUAAAUCGCCGCGACUUCAUGUCGCCGGUGAAGCCCCGCCCGAGCUCUCGCCUCUCGAUGCAUUCGCCCUCCAAAGCCGCAUGCUGGCAAAGCAGCUGGAGGAGAGUGCAAAAGCUGACAAGAGAGUGAGCCGUCUACCGCCGCUGACGAUGAAGAGCCCUCUCGUCGUGCAGGGUCGCUCAGAUUACUUUCGCUCCAUGUCAUACGACUCCUACUCUGACGAUGACAAUGGAGAUACCCCAAACAAUCCAACCCAGGUAUCGUCUUCUUCCUCGCAGCCCAUAACGCCCACUGGUUUUGGAUCAACACCUGAAGUCGAAGUCCCUGCCGUGCGGCCACGGUCCAUGCACCCUCGGAUGAGCCAUAUCUCGCCUAGCUCAGAUGUGGAGGCGGGCCCACCACCUCUACCUGCGUUCGCCCGUGAGCGCGAGAGGCUGAUGCGGACGCGGUCUGGUAUUAUUGAAGCCGAGGAUGAGCAGGAGCGAGGUCUAUUUGGCGCACGGCGAGACCGGUCGCCAUCGCCAUUUCCAGACGAUGCCUCUGAAGCGUCUCGCGAAAAGGAAGCCGCGUUGUCAAUGUUGGAGUCGGAAGCGUCUGAAAUCCAGGCUGAGACCAAGCCACAUCAGACACAGGCCUUGCAACUGCCCGAGCACGUCCUGCGGUCGACGUCAUCGCAAGACCUGCGGUUGCGCCAGUUGACACCUGAGUCGUCGACACCUGAGUCGCAACAGCCCCAUAUACAGCCGAAGCCCAAGCACAACCUACCACCACUCCAGCAAACACUCCCAUACCACCAAACGCCGACCUCUCAACCUUCACCCUACACACCAUCGGGCCUGAAUCCCUCGACACAUUCUCCUGAAAAGUAUGCCGGCUCUCGGAAUAUGCAUGACCCCUCAUCAGGAGGGCUGGCUCCGCCGCGACCAUUGUUCCCGAAGCGCUCAUCGAGCAUUUUGUCGUCAUCGCUGGAGACGACUGACGAGGAUGGCCACGGCACCAUGUCGUCUUCCCUCCAUUCAUUGGGUGGUGCUCCCAGGAAAUUGUCCAACAGCAGUGGCAUGAGCGGAAUUGCCUCACCCGGUUACGGCUCUUUCCACAGAUCUCCGUCCUUUGGCUCCGACAUGUCUGCACCGCUGCCACGUCCUUCGUUUAAUUUCUCACGUCCUCUCAGUCGGGUUGGUACACCAGGACUUGAGAGUCCGGCCCGCCAGGCGUCUUCCGACAGUCACACUUCCUAUAGCCAGUCGUCUCUUGUUCUUGCCGAUGAUUCUGCCAACACGCCGAUCAGCACGCACAGCGAGGGCUUCCCGGACCCACCAGCUGCCUCGUCGUCCGCACCGGAUAACAGCCUUCCCGCGGCGUCUUCGUACAUCUAUUCCAAAUUCACUCUGCCGCGAGGUAAGGUGCUUCAACGAUCUGCCAACCAGACUGCGGACAAUCUGCCUCCAGCCUCGUCCCAGUUGGAACAGAUGAUCGCACCAAGCAGCUUGCACACGCUUUCUCUAGGCGGUCAAGCACCACCAUCGCCACCAACGCGUCCAUCCAGCUCGGGAGCCGGAUCCUUUGCACGGCCGUCCCUGGAGCGCACUAAGCUCAGCACGGAGAUUCUGGCUCCGACCUCCCAGCCGUCUCCGAACCCCAGCCGGCCUUCAACCGAAGGCGGGCGUUCGUUCGAAGACACGAGAGGCCGUGCGUUGAUUGCACACCCGCAAGAGCCCCCGUCCCGUGGGAGAACGCCCAUGUCGGUGACAACCACAAAUACAGGCGGUACAACGGACUCGAACACGACUAUCAAGGCUCGGUCGAUGAACUCGCUGGCGUCCGCCGCGGAUAUCCCGGCUGAAGAGCACGUCGACAAGGCCGUGUCGCUUCAUGAACAGGGUCUUCUGAACGAGUCGACUUACCACUUGCGCCACGCUGCUCGCCAGGGCCACCCGACAGGCAUGCUGCUGUACGCCCUGGCGUGCCGUCAUGGCUGGGGUAUGCGUGCUAACCCGAGGGAGGGUGCCGAAUGGCUGCGCAAGGCCGCCGACUGCGCUAGCAUUGAGAUUGCUGACGACGAGGCUCUUCUUCAAAAAGGCAAGAACGUCGAUGCACUGGAGCGCAAGACGCGCAAGGCCCAGUUUGCCCUCAGCAUUUACGAGCUGGGCGUCAGCUACAUGAAUGGUUGGGGCAUCGAGCAAGACCGGGCUCUCGCCCUGCGCUGUUUUGAAAUUGCCGGAUCGUGGGGUGACGUGGACGCCCUCGCCGAGGCUGGAUUCUGCUAUGCCCAAGGCAUUGGCUGCAAGAAGAACCUGAAGACAAGUUCCAAGUUCUACCGCCAAGCGGAAGCAAAGGGCAUGAGCAUGGUUGGCAACAGCUGGAUCUACAAAUCCAAAUACAACGACGACAAAGAGUCUGUUAAGUCCCCAAAGUUCAGCAAAGACGACAAGGCUCGGUCCAAGUCCCGGUCCAGAAACAUCUUUGGCAUCAAGCACAGCUCAUAA